AGGAAGGCUGUAUCUCUCUCCUCUCUCUAUCUUGUAGUUUGUACUUUGUAUCCAUGUCUGGUUAGAUUAGGCAGCACCUUCUUGCUAUGUCGAUUGCGCUGGAGGGAAACAGCUCGGUUGAUCUUGGGAUCGAGCGGCCGGGAUUCGUGCACGGAAUGAAAUGUAUUCCGAUCUACGAGUCGCUGGAGUUCUCCGUAGGAGACCGGCGCUGUACGGUGAAGGAGGAGGACUCUGACGGACGGAGCUCGUCUUGUACUUCGUCUAUCGGGCGGAACAGCGAUGAUUCGCCGGCGGGGAGGUCAUCUGAUGCGGACGGAGACGGCGAGGAAGUGCAGAGUUCGUUCAAAGGCGGCGUUUUGGACAACUUGGAGGCUCUAGAGGAGGCUUUGCCGAUAAAGAGAGGCAUCUCAAAUUUCUAUGCAGGCAAAUCUAAAUCGUUUACAAGUCUAUCACAUGCAGCUUCUUCUUCCUCCCUCAAGGACAUUGUCAAGCCAGAGAAUGCAUACACAAGAAAACGCAAAAACUUGCUUGCUCAUAACAUUUUCUUUGACAAGAAUCGGAAUCAAAACAACAGUGGUGGCCUAUACAAGAGACCUACCAAUUCCAAAAGUUCUUUGGCCCUUGCUGCAACUGGAGAACACUUUCCUCCUCUUCCUCCCCAAACACGGAGGUAUAGUACCGAGUCCUCCACAUCACCUACUAAGCAGAAGUUCUGUGGUUGGCGUUCUUUCUCCUUGUUUGACCUGCAAGGUGUUGCAGAUGGAACUCCCAAAGUCAUUGGCACAAAGGAGUAGAGAAUAAGAAAAGUUUCAAUUUUUCUUUGUCACCCUAUGUAGCUAAUCAGAACCCUAGAUUGUUCAUGGAGGUUGGUUUAGUGCUUUAAGAGCAGGCUGUAGCUAUGUAUUCAGUUAUUCACUGCUCAAAGACCUAUACCUCAUGGGCAUCCUGUAGUGUGUAAUGUAUAUCAUCUACUUGUAAGCUGUUUAACCUUGUUUAAGUUUUUUGCUGUUGUAUAUAUGUCCAUUAGAAAUAAAAUUAUCCCUUCUCCCUUGAAUUCUCUUACUCAUUGGAGGGUACCCGCUGCCCAAGAUUAUUU